UCCGUGGCUGCGCCUGAUUGAACUCUCCAUGGUGCUUGUCCGACAAUCUCCCGCUCAGUCCGGAGCUGGUGCUUGGGCGUCGGCUUUUGGCAUCCAGGUUCAGGCUGAGCCAGUCGUCUGACGCGGAGCAGUCGGGGCAGGCGGCCAUUUCUGGUCCAGGCAGCUUUCUGUAAGUGCCUUUCCAACAACUUCUGUUUUGGCAUUAAAGGCUACGACUCUCAGCAAUGGCACUUUGUCACCACGGGGCUCCAGGAAUGACCAUCAUUUCACCAGCUUGAGCUGCGCGCUGCAGACACAGUGCUGUGUUUCUUCUUCCAGAAACCUGAUGGGCCAGCAGUGUAGACCCUAUAGUUUCUUCACUAAAUGGAUACACAAAGCAGCCAGUAAUGUGGAAUCUCACAUUUUCCAGCUUCUUCAUGAAGAUUAACUGUAUUACAUUGACGGCAGAUGAGCUGUGGAAAGGCGCUUUAGCAGAGACUGGUGCUGGAGCAAGAAAAGGAAGAGGCAAAAGAACUAAGAAAAAGAGAAGAAAAGAUUUGAACAGGGGUCAGAUUAUUGGUGAAGGGCAUUCUGGUUUCCUGUGGCCUGGCCUGAAUGCCCCUCUCAUGAAAAAUGGGGAUGUGCAGACGAUUGCCCAAAGGAGAAAGGAGGAGCAGGAGAAGGUGGAGGCUGACAUGCUCCAGCAGCGGGAAGAGUGGGACCGGAAGAGGAAGAUUAAAGUGAAGCGGGAGCGUGGGUGGAGCGGCCACACAUGGGGCGGCGUCAGCCUUGGGCCCCCUGACCCUGGGCCCAAUGGAGAAACCUAUGAGGAUUUUGAUACCAGGAUACUAGAGGUAAGAAAUGUUUUCAAUAUGACAGCAAAAGACGGAAGGAAGAAAUCGAUCCGCGUCCUGGUCGUUGUGGGGAAUGGGAAAGGAGUCGCAGGUUUUGCCAUUGGGAAAGCCACUGAACGGGUAGACGCUUUCAGGAAAGCAAAGAACAGAGCAGUUCACUAUUUGCAUUACAUAGAACGAUAUGAAGACCAUACAAUAUUCCAUGACAUUUCAUUAAGAUUUAAAAGGACACAUAUCAAGAUGAAGAAACAACCCAGAGGUUAUGGCCUCUGCUGCCACCGAGCCAUCAUCACCAUCUGCCGGCUCAUUGGCAUCAAGGACAUGUAUGCCAAGGUCUCCGGGUCCAUCAACAUGCUCAACCUCACCCAAGGCCUCUUCCAGGGCCUUGCCCGCCAGGAAACCCAUCAACACCUGGCUGAUAAGAAGGGGCUGCAUGUGGUGGAAUUCCGGGAGGAAUGUGGCCCUCUGCCCAUCGUGGUCGCCUCCCCCCAGGGGGCCUUGAGGAAGGACCCGGAGCCAGAAGAUGAGGUUCCAGACAUCAAACUGGACUGGCAGGAGGUGAAGGCUGCACAGGGCAUGAAGCGCUCGGUGUGGUCAGGUCUGAAGCGAGCCGCCACCUAACCUUCCUCAGGCCCGGUGCCAUCCACACCCCUCACAUGCCAGGGUACAGCCUUCUUUCUUGCAGGACAGUCCAACCUUAACAUCUUUAUUUGCAAAUAAAUAAUCUUUGCUUUGAUU